AUGCCAAACCCCUGCGCACCAGCAUCACCGGUCAUGCCUUCACCAAAGGACUCCACAAAAGGUGAAUCAUCUGACAAAUUCGAAGUGCAUGACAACCCAAGGAACUUACCCCCAGGGGCAUUUAUUAACACUCCCAAGCGCUUAGCCAUGACAAGCGCUAGCACUAUUUCCUCCUUAUCUGCACUAACUGCCUUGAGCAGCCUGUCUAAUGAACUGACCACCCACAGCGAAGAUGCACCUGUCAUGUCGUCAUCCACCCUCCAGAAAACAUGCCCCACUCUGGAGGCACUGCCCAUCAAACAAGAAGCAUUUGAGACACCUCGCACACCAGACUCUAUCCCAGGCAGCAUAGUACUAGCUAAUAUUUCGUGCAAGCAUGAACCGCAAUUGCUCAAACCGAACCCCAUCAUCAACACAACCCAGCAAGUGACCAUGGCCACGACUUACAAGAUGCCUAUCCAUGGAACUAACAAAGCCCCAAAAUUUGACGGAACUAUGGAGAAUCUUGUUGACUUCAUCGAUAUUUAUGAAGGACACGCCGAUGAGGUGGGCCUCCUCAGGCUUGACCACAUCAAAGGUAUUAUUCAUUAUCUGCCAUCAAACGAAAGGGAGUUAUGGGGCGGACUGCCUGAGGCGACACUGAGCGAUUAUGAAGCAUUUAUUAAGGAGAUCAAGGCGGUCACGCGUGGUCAAGUGGCCAAGCCAAUGUCUUCAGCAAAAGAAUUGAGUGACUACCUUCACGCAUUCAGAAGGAUUAUGCAGCCACUCAUCAAUGAAGACUGCAUAGGGAAGUCCAAACAAGAUCGCGUAUUCAUUCAAGGAAUACCAAGCGAUGUCCAAGCGCAAAUUCACACAUGCCUCCAGAUCACAACCCACGGGACCCGUACCCCUACAUGCAAGUCUUCGAAGCUGGACACGCUCCCUAACACUAGCGUUACCGCAGGCAUCUUUUACCACGCAUCACCAGAUGUAGAGGUCGCAUUAGACGUAGGCUUGUCUGUGUUCGUGCAUACCAUAGCGGAAUCGGAACCAGAGAUGGACAAAGACAACCAAGAGGUGAUGCACGCGACCACUAAGUGUGAUCAGAGACGUAGCACAAGGAAUGAGGCUAAGGCCCUUGAGACGGAGGAAAUAGUUUCUCCAGCUGUUCAAGCUUCAAUGGGCAAAGGCAAGGCACCAGAGGGAGUGAAAGCUACCUCUGCGGCGUCAACAUCAAUGAGCAAGCCGAAAGAGACGGCCAAGGCGCCCGCUAUUGCAGCAUCACUGGGGUCACCUCCUGCUAACACAAAUUCUUCCUCUUCUUCAUCUAGUCAAUAUAGGUUUUCAUUCGUGCUUGAAGAUAAGGAUGCAGAAAAACGCGUCAUAGAGUGCCUUUUAGACGGCAAUAUCACUAUCCCCGUUUGCAAAUUAUUUGCAGUUUCACCAGACAUCCGCAAGCAAUUCCAGGAACUGACCACGACCAAACAUGUUACCAUCAGCACAGUCUCUGUCAAUGAAUUAUCCAGCCAGCCUAUGACAGAAGAAUUCAUACAUGCAUUUGAGCAAGAUUGA